CAGUAUCUGGAAAAGCGACUUGACAAUACUGAGAAGCAUUACUAUAAAAAAGGACGAAAAAUACAUACGCCACACAUUGAUACAAACAAAAUUAAAGAUAUAAAAUCUCAAAUAGCCUCCAGUUCUAACAGGGAAGCAGAAGAGCUAUUGAUUGGAAUGUUACUAUAUGAAAGUGUUCCACCGUAAUUUAUAGACUCUUGCUAAUAACAAAUAUCGCAAAUCAUGAGCGGUUAUGAAAAUGCCGAAGAAUUACAAGAUCUUUUAAGAAAACAAACCACUGGUUUAGUGCAUUUAGAAGAUUAUCGUCGAGUAAAGCAAGGGAUAGCCGAAAAAAAAGAAAAGGAUGCACUUUCACAGACGAAUCAAAAAAUUAAAAAGAAAAAAAGUGUCUUGGGUAAAAAUGCGAAGAAACAAUUUCAGUUAAGUAAGGGCAAAUUGUCAUUUGAUCAAGAAGAAAAUGAAGGAGAGAUGGAUGACGGAUUACAAAAAACAAUUAUAAAGAAGAAACAUCUUGGGAAGGAUCCUACCGUAAAUACAUCAUUUUUGCCAGACGCUGAAAGAGAGGCUUUAGAAGAAGCAAAGAGAAAAGAAUACCGGAAACAGUGGUUAGAGGAACAAGAACGGAUUAAAGAAGAAGAGAUUUUGAUUCCUUUUCUGUUUUAUGAAGGUUCCACUUCCCGGUAUAGUGUCAAAAUUCGUCUCAAAGAUUCAGUGGGCCAUAUACUAUCAAAUAUGAAAGACCAAAUUCCCAGCCUGAAACGUGUUUUGGAUAUGGACAAGUUUUUAUUAGUACAAUCGGAUUUAAUUAUCCCACAUCAUCACGAACUAUACUACUUUUAUUUAAACAAAGUUCAAGGACCCAGCGGGUUGCUUUUCGAAUUUGAAUCUUUGCGAUGUCAGAAUCCCGAAAUGGCAGCAACUCUGCAAUUACCGGAAAAAAAAAUCCCUCAUUUAGUUCCCAAAUCGUUUUAUAUGGAAUAUAGACAUGUUUUUCCCUGUAACUGCUGGGAAAUGUUUGACUCUAGGAAAGACUAUGCUUCGCAAAGAACAAUGGUCAAUCCGAAUGCUGCUUUAUUUUACAGAAGCGAAUGAGGAAUUAAGCAUACUAGUUUACUAUUAUUUAUUUGCAAUUCUGUUGCGCUAUGUACAUGAAAUCGGGUCGUGAAUGGUUAAACGAAAUCAGAAUCUAAUGAUUUUAUUGCUCUAGUGAAGACAGGAAUGUAUCUCGAAUGUCUCAAAUGCUUUUUGGUGAACUAAUUAGAAGGCAUUGGCAUGCUUUUAAUUGUAUUAUGGAUUCAUGUUAAAAAUGUAUGUCAAUACUGGCUGUACAAUAGCUGUUAAUAGACUCUUCGUAUAUUCUUGUUGACCGAAAGAUAUAAUUGAUUGUAUAUAGAUGAAUUAUCUCUUUCCCAUCGAGCACAAGGCUGAGUUACUCUCAGUUGAGAGCUAUGCAUCGGAUUCUUAGUAUUUGUACUAUUUAAUCUAUAUAGAAACUACUACCUUCAUUGUGUAAAGACAAAAUAGACCAUUUUUAGUCUAAAUUAGAAAUGUAAAUACUUUUGAGAUCUAAAUAUUAGAUUUGCUUUAAAGCAACGAUAAAGGCGGGAAAC